UCCUGGCCCUGCAGACCUUGUGAGGGACACCGGGGGCUGAGGGCGGGAGGAUCCCUACUCAAAUCUGGCCACAUGCUAGAGCAAUAAGGGCUCCUGGGUCUUCAACCCGGGAAGAGCAGCCCUGUGGCACCCUGGCUCUCUGAGUCCGGCUCUCUGAGAUGGUCCGUGGACGGGGUCCUGACGCCUGCCUCCCACAGAAUUCACGGGUGGGCGACUCCCCUCGUGUCUGCCCACAGUAGCUUCCUCCGGCUUCUGUUACUGGGGCACCAGCACUAUUCUGCGCGGGUUGUUUGGGGGGGGGUGGGUAGAGGCCCGGUCAACACAGGGACUGCGCACACCCCCCUGUGCCUCAUCGCACCUUCGCCCCAGGAGAAUGUGGGGACAGCGGUGCAAGCGGCAAGCCCCCAUGGGAACGUGGCAGAUUCCGGGGCGGGGGUGCAGAAUGGUCCUGGAGCCAGGCUCAGCGCGCACCCUCAACCACGAUGACCACUAGCAUGGGGGAGGGGACACCGGUCACUCCAUGCCUUUUUGGUUCUGCUUGUGGGACAUCCCGGGCAGUGCCACCUGCCAAGCCAGGAAGCACCCCUUCUGCCUGGCUGAGGAAGGGGCUGCCCGGAGCCUGGGCCCACACAGAACCUUUCGGGAACCCUCGCUUCUCUAGGAGGGGAAUGUUUGUAAGACAAAGGAGGGAGCGCUGGCGGAUCCCUGGCCUGAACCCGACUCCACCCCCUGGCCCCCUGCCCACCUUGGGGUCAGGGAGUGCUCCCCCGGACGCCAGCCUGGCCCCUGCAGUACGUGAAACCGGGGAGCCAGAAGGGUCCACGCCGGCCUGCCCCGCACUGGCCAGCCGCUCGCCCCAGAACUGGCAGUGGCACGGAGGGCCCAGCCAGGCGAGCGGAGUUGCAGCCCCGCAGCCACCCUUCGUGAUCACAGUCUGCUCUGCUCACUCCACACAUGUGACAGUUGAGGCCCGAGAGAGAGACGACCCGCUCGCUGUGGAGGGGCCCGGCCGCGCAGAGAACCGUGAACAGUUUCCAGGGUCCCUCUGCAGCGGAUACCAGACCCUCCCGAGGGAACAGCAUCUUCGCAGUCUGUCCGGAGCAGGCGUCUGGGGGGGGGGUGGUGGGGAGGAGGAUAGAGCGACCCCCACCCCUCCGUACCGGGUCCCCCAGCACUGCAGCUGGCCCAACCCACCACCCCGGACACCAGCUGGCUCCUCCCCGAGUGGCCCUCAGGAUGGCCCCGCCCCAGGGCUACCUCUGCCCUUGUCCGCCCCACCCCAAAGCGGUGUGUGACCUCAGGAUAUGUGGUAACAACUUUCUUUCAAACAUGGCCCAUCAGUUUAUACCCGAAGGGUCAAGGUUUUACUGGACGGUAGAGAAUCACCUUAUCUUAACGACAGCGAGCCCUCGGAGUCCGGGAAACCUUGCUUCCAAAUUCCUUAGAGACCUACGCUAUCUCCAGCCCCCGCUGAGGAAGAAGUUGCCAGUCGGUCACUCACAAUCCCGAGGGCACCUCUCUCUGCCCACAGGUCCUGUCCCAGGGCUAUAAUGAAAACUUUUUUGCACCAAAAACAUCGCCAAUUCUUUCUUGACCGUUCGCCUGGCAGCCGCACAUCACCAGUGCCCCUACCCUCUGUGCGGCCCACUGUCCACACA